CUGCCGCCUACAUGUCUUACGUCCAUAUGCCUUUCAUCGCCAUUUGGCCGGUUCCCUUUGCAUGGGGUCUCCAAGGAAUCGCUGAUUGCGAUGUUUAAAAUAUACUUGUAACUAGAUAUAUGUAACUACGGGAGUUAAAUUUUGGUGAUGGACGUCGAUCCGUUAUGUGGCUUGUCAGACUGUUCAUCUACGUCGGUUCGAUCAUCUUGGAGUAGUUCAGCAGAAAACAGCGAGGACGAAUGGCGACAUAAAGUAGAUGAGUUGCGAUGGUACAUUGAUCCGUCAUUGAUGCAGGAUGGUAAUACCGUCAAACACAUAGGCAAAUAUGAGUUGUCGGAGUUGGAAAAACGGGUGCUGGAAGCGGAAACGAGAGCCGUGGAAGCAGAAGGAAAGGUGCGUGUUAUGGAGGAACGGCUCCAAGCCGAAUGGACUACACAUUUACCGGACCAAGCGGAGAAGGAACAAGCUAUUAGCAAGCUGGCGACCCAGGUGGAAGAACAGCGUCAGCUGAGGCUGCAAGACGCCAAAAUGGUCGAGGCCAAGGCGGCUCGCAUCAAGGAAUGGGUGACUAACAAGCUGAGGGAUCUAGAAGCUCAGAACCAACACCUGCGAGAGCAGAACCACAAGUGCAACCAGCAGUUGGAGUUGCUUAGGCGGCACAUGGCCCAGCUAAGCGCGGACAAGAUGGCCGUGAGCGCUUGUGCUGGGACCUCGUCACCACGCACUAGUACGUCAUCGUUGCAUAGGGCCAACAGCACUGGCUCCACGCACGCUCUGUCCGACAACGAACCGGUUUACGCUCAAGUCGACCGACACCACAAGACGCGAACACCCGAACGGUCGCAGCGCACCCAUCGCCGGCACAUGUCUGCCUGCGUGCAAGUGCCGCCUGCGGAGUCGACCGACGGCACAGGCAUUCCUAUCCACGAACAACUGGUUAACGAUCUGACUACCACCACGGAUUCGUUAAACUUGAACGCCAUCAGACCGAAAUCUGUGUGCAUUGAAUCGGACAUCACGCACGACUAUGCGGAGAUCUACACACCGAGUAGGGAGAAAUUGCCAUGGGACAAAUCCAACAACAAACCACCGACUCCGCCUCUGCACAGGUUUCCCUCGUGGGAGUCUCGUAUAUACCAGGUGGCCAAUGAAGGGUUGUCUACCGUACCCACGAGCCAAGUAGAACCCACUAUCGCUGCGGCUGCCAAUUCCACUGCCGUGCAUCCUACCAGGGUAGUGACGUCGCAAGGGUACUGUGAUAUAAGCGUCCCCGUGUACGCCACCGUAAAAGGGAGGGCCAGUCAAAUUAGGUCCAGUCCAUUCACUGGUGACUCGUCAGAUGACUCUAGUGACGGUGAAGGUGAACAUACGAACACGGCAAACACGCACAGUAUUGCUACCAGAAUCACGAACAGUAGUAGUACGGACAACACAGACACGUCAUUGUCUAGUUCCAGUCCCAGUAAGAGCCAUAAGACUGCGUCAACGUUCUCGCCGGUUAAACACAAUUCUUCCGGAUCACCAUCGAAAAAUACUUCUAUGGAGUCCGGCAUAUCGGAUGAUUACGCAAUUCCGCCAGAUGCAAUGUCGUGCGGCGAAGAUUCGACUGAAUGGUCGUCGUUGGUGCUGAGGUUAAACCUUAAUGGUGCAGCUGUUGUAGCAGAUAGUCCGAGUCGUUGUGCCAAAACAGGGGUGCUUGAUAAGUCUGGACAUUUGGCGAAACUUGGUGGCAAAUUAAAGACGUGGAGACGGCGGUUUUUCGUGUUAAGCAAUGGCAAACUUCGUUAUUGGAAAACUCAAAAUGAUGUAGCGCGCAAACCACAACGAGAAAUUACAAUUGAUGACCUAUGCAGAAUAACCCGAGCCGAAGGCGCUGCUACGUUUGAAAUAUCAACUAGUAAAAAAACAUUUUACUUAACUGCAGAUUCAAUUGCAGCUAUGGAAGAUUGGGUUAAAGUUUUACAAAAUGUUCAAAGACACAACGCUACCAAGUUGUUACUGAACAAUGAAAACCACAAACCAACGAUUCAAGGGUGGUUAACGAAAGUAAGGAAUGGUCAUGCAAAACGAUGUUGGUGUGUGCUUGUAGGAAAAACCUUUUUGUAUUUCAAAUCGUCAACUGAUACAAGUGCAUUUGGACAAAUAAAUAUGCGUGAUUGCCGUGUAGAAACCGUUGACCAUGUUUCUGAUUCAGAUAGUGAAGAAAGAGAUUCUAAUCAGCCACCAACCAUAGCUUUGCAUCCAUUACAUCAAGGUCCUCCAACUUAUUUACUUAUGUCUUCUAAACAAGAAAAGGAUUCGUGGCUAUACCAUCUUACUGUAGUUUCUGGCAGUGGUUCUCAAUCAGGGUCACAGUUUGAACAGCUUAUUCAAAAAUUAAUGGAAGCAUCAGGCGAUCCAAAUUGUGUGUUGUGGAAACAUCCAACUCUUUUGCAUUCAAAGGAAGCAAUCAGUUCACCACUAACCACUUUAUCCAAUGAAACGCUACAAUAUGAAGCAAUAAAACUAUUUAAAAGUUGUCAAUUAUUCAUGUCAGUAGCCAUCGAAAAUGCUGGUAUUGAUUAUCAUGUGGUAUUAGCUCAAAAUGCAUUGCAGCUAUGUUUAGAUAACUGGGAAUUACAAGCUGAACUAUUAUGUGCCCUUGUCAAACAGACGUCUAGACAUGCAUCUCAUAAACACGGCGUCCAGGUAUUCUCCAAACUGCGGCAUCGUUCGCUGUUUACUUGUGAUGCUGCCUUGGCCUCAUCGCCUACUAUCAGCACUACCCAGUCAGUAGUGCCAGGAUCACCAAACCACAGUAUGACCGCACCGCCUAGUCCAGCUACAUCAUCAUUACUGGACCAUUGUAAAGCAAACCCACCUAUGUAUGUUUUCGUCCAGGGAUGGCAAUUAUUAGCGCUGGCUGUUUCCCUUUUUGUACCGAAAAACACCAAACUCCUUUGGUUUCUCAAGUUACACUUGAAACGUAACAUAGACACCAAGACUGAAUGUGGAAAAUAUGCUGCAUAUUGUGAACGUGCUUUGGAGCGAACCAUACUGAAUGGCAUUCGCGAUGUAAAACCAUCUAGAAUGGAAGUUUUAUCAAUUUUGUUAAAAAAUCCUUAUCACCAUUCGUUGCCUCACUCCAUACCUGUUCAUAUGCUCAAUGGGACUUAUCAGGUUGUUGGUUUCGAUGGAUCUACAACUAUAGAAGAGUUUUUAUCUACAUUCAAUCAAGAAACUGGAUGCAGAGAUAGUCAACAUUCAGGUUUCACAUUAUUUAGUGAUGAUCCCAUUGAAAAAGAUCUGGAACACUAUAUUGAAUCCCAAGCUAAAUUGUGCGAUGUCAUAUCAAAAUGGGAAACUGUGUUGCGGGAAAAAGGUUCUGGCAAAUUUGAAAAUACACGAGUUAUACGAUUGAUUUUCAAGAACAGACUGUAUUUCAAAUCCUUUGUCAAGAAAGAGACGGAUCGUGAAAGACUAUUGCUCUGUUAUCAAGUAAAUCAACAGGUGGUUCAAGGUCGAUUCCCUCUUACUAAAGAGCUUGCUUUAGAGUUGGCUGCUCUAAUGGCACAGAUUGAUUUUGGUGAAUUUAAUUGUGAUAAAAACCGUGGCAGCGGUGGUACCACUAAGGAAUUGCAAGUGCUCCAAUCACUUGAUAAAUUCUAUCCAUCUCGAUACCGCGAUGGGGCUUCUCAAGAAGCAAUCAAACAUCUUCAGACAGGUCUUCAAGAAAAAUGGAUGUCUCUGAAAGGACGGAAUUUAGUUGAUUGUGUUCGAAUAUAUUUAACUUGUACUAGAAAGUGGCCAUAUUUUGGAUGUACUCUUUUCCAAGCCAAAAUGAAACAUGGAGAAAAUACAGUACUACCAGGUACUGUAGUGUGGUUAGCUGUAUCCGAAGAUAGUAUCAGUUUAUUGGAAUUGCGUUCAAUGCAAUUAAUCGAAACAUAUAUGUUUAGUCAAGUGUUAACAUUUGGUGGUUGCCAAGAUGAUUUUAUGUUAGUUAUUGCAUCUGAUUCUGCAAUUAUAGAAUCCCAUAAACUUUUGUUUUCCUUAAGCAAACCAAAGAUUCUAGAGAUAACAUUGUUGAUUGCUGAUUACAUGAAUGCAUUAGCUCAGAAUAGUGCAACAUUGGGCAGUUCGCUGAGUCGCAAUAUGCAGCCUGAUAUACUAAAAGCUACUCCAGACCAUCAAUUACAUAGAAACGAUUCACAAACCAAGAAGCGUAUUGACUCAUGACAAUAAAUUUCUACAUAACAUUUUUAAUUAUUAUAGUGCCACAAUAUCAUCGCGUGUUUGCACUUCGGCCAUACAAUUUAACUAUAAAAUGAAAUAUUUGGAUAUUUCAUUAUCUACAAUAUUAAUUUAAUGCUAAUAUAAUAACUAUACUUUCCUUUUUUUUUUUUUUUUUUAAUUUCGUUUAUUUCAUACGAUCUUGCCAUCGAUUUUUACCAAGUUAAAUUUUAUGAAAUACUUGUUAAAUUACGCACGAAUACAUAAAGACUAGAGUAACUUUAGGUGUUAUAAUAUUAUAUAAAUUUAGUUUGAAUAUUAUGUUACCAAGAGGUUGUACGAAAUCCAAAUAAUAUUGAUAAUAUAUAACUAAAUAAAUUAAAAUAUAAUUGUAUUGUCUCGAAGUGGUACUUGGUACGUGGCCAUUGAUAACUGACUGCCAUUAUUGGUAGGGCUUGUGCCCUAUUUAGUCUGUAUAUUCAUUAUUAAAUACCAUUCAUAAUAUUCCUGUAACGUUUAUUUUUACUUUUAUUUGUUACAAUCGAAUUUAUACAAAGUGGAGUCUGAUAAGAAAAAUGUGUUCAAUUUUUUAUUUUGAAUGCAUCUCCUUAUGAAAUAAUUUUGUUGUUUUCAGUCU